AUGGCUACGUUGAUCACAACAAGCUUCAUCGGUAAGGGUAGGAAGGAUGAUGUUGAUGAUGGGGCGGAUGGCGGCAACAAAGCGAGGCCUGUGCCACAGAAGCAGCAGACCGAUAGCAAGAAGGGCGGCAACGACGACGCCAAAAUGAGAAAAAACUCGAAGCACGAUAACAAGGACUACAAAACUCAAGGCAGCAAGAAGCGCGACUGA